AAAAGGAGGGGCGCUCAGUUUUCCCCGGCAGUAAAAACGGCAGUAAAAAAAGACUCCGGCAGACCUUCAGUUUGUGUUUCUCUAGGCUUUGCUGAGUCGUUUUCUUGUUUUUAGGGGUGUUUUAGCGGCAGUUUAGAUGAUGACGGGACUUCGGCUAAACUGGGCUCCUCUUAAAGAACCGCUAGGUUUUAUCAAAGUCCUGGAGUGGCUCAUGGCAGUUCUUGCCUUUGGAAGCUGUGCUGGAUACGUGGGGAGAAACGUGGCCUCAGUCUCCUGUGGUGGAGACAGAAACGAGUCUCUGAGUGUGACGUUUAGCUACCCGUUCAGGUUGAACCAGGUGCUGCUGGUGGAGACCAACAGGACCCUCUGUAACCACACGGUGCCGCAGACCCACCUGGUGCAGGACGUGUCCUCGUCGGCCGAGUUCUUCGUGGCCAUCGGCGUGCUGGCCUUCCUCUACUGUCUGCUGGCGCUGCUCGUCUACGUGGGGUACAUGCACAUCUACAGGGACUCUGACCUCUACCCCAUCGCCGACUUCCUGAUGACUGUGUUCUUCGCCUUCUUCUGGAUGGUCUCCUCGUCGGCGUGGGCGAGGGGCCUGCAGCUCGUGAAGGAGGCCACGGGCACAGAGGCGGUCAGGGAGAUACUGCACCUCUGCCGCGAGUCGGGCGUGACCUGUGAGGUCACCGAGUACGCCAGCAUGCGGAGCCUCAACAUCUCUGUGGUGUUUGGCUACCUAAACAUGAUAGUCUGGGCGGGAAACGCUUGGUUUGCCUACAAAGAGACACGCUGGAGCACCCAGAAGGCCUCCCAGCCGGGGGGGCGUGCCCAAGCCCCCGCACCCAUCUAACCUCAGCUUCUGGGAGGUGCCCUCUCUUUCGGUGGGGGAGAGAGGUCUUGUCCCCCUCCCCCCGCUGGGGCUGCGGUACCUUCACCUGUGUGUCCGCUUGAAUAUCUUCUUCCUGGAAAGGUCACACCCUUGCUGGGAUUCUUGCUCUGUAGCAGUAAUUGUUAUAAAAUACACCAGGAACAUUGUGAACAAAAGAUAUUAGGUUUUUCAUUAUGCCUAAGUGAAAAUGCUUUUUUUUGGGGGGUGGGGGGCUCUGUUUAAUUCACUUUUUCAUUUUUAUUUUUCUCUUUUUGUUCUUCUCUUCUAUUCAGACAUUUUUAUUGGAAUAUCAGACUUUUGGGAUUGAACUUUGGCUCAGAUUUUCAUUGUUGUAGAGUAGGAAAGAUCUCUGACCAACAAAAUGAUUUUUUGUUACUUUUGGAGUUUCGCUCGCGAUCUUUGAAUGAGUUUUGUCUCCAGGCGACACUCUCACUUGCCUCUCUAAUGCCGUGCAGUGACUCAGCAGUAACAGGCGUCCAAAUGGUGCGUAACGCCUUGGUGUGUCAGUGGGCGUGCGCUCUGAGGCCAUUCACAGCCCCACUCUGUCUCUCUCUCUCUCUCUCUCACCUGCAUUGCUUAGCUUUAAAAACUCACAUUUAAACCAUCAUUGUAGUGUUUUAUUUACUCAUGUAAUUUUCCCACUGUAAUAAGCAUAUUAAUAAACUGAACCCCCCCCCCCCCCCAAAAGCGAGCUAUCUGGGACGGCAGACUGUGUGCAGCUCCUCUCUCGCCCUUUUUAUAGAGUCUUCUGUUAGUGAAUUUCCGGAAUCUUUUGGAAAUCGUGGCGCUGCGUUUAUCCUCAGUGUGUCAUUUUCCACUUGUGUGUAAAACACUGGGUUCAGUUCCAAAGUCACCAUAUAAUCUCACAUUUGCAUCCGUUCCCAAAUGACUUUUACUUCUGUGCCAAAUGACAUUUAAAUAUCUGCUUUAAAAUAUUAUUUGUGCAAUAAUUUGCGGAACUAUUAUACAACCUGCGGUACAUGCUGUGAUGUAAAAUAACAUCAUAGGGCUGUUCUUUUGGGAGCUUCAUAUCUCGCCCGGAGUAACUGGGCCGCUGUGUUAAUGUCUCAUGGACUGUUGACCACUUAAGCCAUAGUCCUUUGCGUGUGGAUCUGCUUCUGUUUUUGAAAUGUUCUUUUUAAGCUUCUCCUUGUCAGUUUCCAUGGUGCGAAGUUGGCAGAACUGUUGUGGGCUGCCUCUCUCUGCCAAACACGCCAAAAUAAAGUGAUUUUUGGCCUCCUGUCCUCAAAUCGGAGACGGUGAGGCACAAACGCA